AUGGUCAGGAUAUCCAUCCCCACACUACCUCUGACGCCUCCGCUACCUCCAUCGGCCUUGACCAAGCUCCCGCUCAAAGAGGCAGCAGCGUACCUCAACACCUUCCUCGUUAAGGGCAAGGGGAAGACGGUGAUUCUGUCUGGAGCGGGAGUCAGCGUGGAUAGUGGAAUUAGGGCCUACCGAGGUAAAGAGGGGCACUAUAGUAAUCCCAAUUACAAACCAAUCCUGUACCAUGAGCUAGUCGAGGAGACACCUCGCGGCGAGAUGUUCAGGAAGAGAUAUUGGGCAAGAUCUUUCUUAGGUUAUCCGCCUGUACGAGAUGCUAGACCAAAUCCGACUCAUGUCUACGUCGCCGCACUCCAGCUGCUCGGACUCGCUCCCAACUUAAUCACUCAGAAUGUCGAUAAUCUCCACCCCAAAGCCCGCUCACUCCUUCUUGAGUCGAUUCCCCGCAACGGCGGCCGGCGCCCACAUACAGUGCCCCCCAUCGUUGAGCUGCACGGCACGCUAGCCAAAGUGCACUGCCUGCACGCCAAGCACGAGCAGCCGCGAGACGAGUAUCAGGCGCAGUUGGCCAAGAUGAAUCCAGUAUGGGAGGAGAUGGCGCUCGAGGCGGAACGGACGGGCGUGAGGCCAAGGACGAACCCGGAUGGUGAUGUGGAGCUUUCCGGGGUAGACUUCUCGAGCUUUACUGUUCCGCCUUGUACGAUUUGCGAGGGUGAGGGGCGGAAGGAGCGAGUCGUCAAGCCAAAUGUGGUGUUCUUCGGAGAGACACUCAAUCCGAAAGUCAAGGAUGAAUCCCUCGACCUUAUUGCCAAUGCCUCUCAGCUUCUCGUCCUCGGUACUUCCCUCGCCACCUACUCCGCCUACCGGCUCGUGAAACAAGCCGUGGAGGAAGAAAAGCCUGUCCUGAUGAUCACCACUGGUCCCACCCGGGCGGAUAAGCUGGACAAGGUGGACAAGAUGGAUAAGCGGGCAGGGGAUGUUUUGAGGGCAUAUCUUGACGAGCUGGUCAAGACAAAUACGGGACCUGAGGUCGAGGCGAUCAGGCGGUGUUUGGAUAUGGGGAUUGUGACGCCUCCACCUGAAGUCGAAGGUCCACGAGCAGAGGGAUAG